CAGGACUGCAGAGCUCAGGCUCACAGUAUGCGGUUUAUAUUCUCAGAUGUGUUUUUUAUUAAUUUCCGUCUGGCCUCCAAACAAAAAAAAUAGGACAGCAAAGUUUAAUGUUAUUUUUAGUAAUAAGAAGAAUGAGUGACAAGACUUUAUCUGAACUUGAACUCCCUUUUGUUGUCUCUUCCUCUUUUCUCUGCCAAGUUUCUGGCCAAGCUGAAAAUCCCAGUGAGGAAACCGUGCAUAUUUAUCCACUUCCUUUUAGGACUGUAGCAGAAGGUCCACAGUGUCCGCAGUGUACCUUGAGAGGCUCUGUUCCCUAUAAAUGCACGUCAUGUCCCUUCUACUGUUGUAAGAUAUGCUGGGUAAAACACCUUAAGGAAACUGGAAAAUGCCCCAAAUGCCAAAGCAAUAUUCAGAAGAGAGAAUUAAGGCAGAAGUAUUUCUUACCUUUAAAUCAAGGUCAGGAAUGAUACCACAGAUGGUAGAAGACUGAAUACUGACUGAUACAAUCUAAUUGGUUUCUGUGACUAAAACUAUCAUGUUCCCAGGAAAGCUUUGUUUUUAGAAUUCAAGGGAAGCCACCAGUAACUAACUUUUUUUUUUAGGAAUCGUAAUCUCCACUCUGAAGUUAUUACAAUUGUGCAGUCUUAUGAAUAUGUUUGCUGUAGUUCAGUUGAAUUCUCUACCUAUCAGAGCAGAUGUAUCAGGCUGUAAGGACCAACAUGUCUGCUGCCUGAGCUCAGGACUGGUCACCAGCACUCUAUCGUGGGUGCUGGUUGGCAGUAGAACCUUCACUUAUUAAGGUCUAAUUUAAAUAGCUGACUGUCACUUUAAACAAGCUGCUAGCAGGCUUUAAUCAAGAUUUAGGUAGUGCCUAAAGCAGUAAACCCAUCCAUAAAACAGUUUGAUUUCUUGCACGUGCCGGAAAUGUAACACUCUCAU